GUGGUGCAGUACGAUUUUCUCUUUCCCAUGUGAGAAGUUUUCGCCUGCCCAUUGCCUUCGUCUCGAUCUUUGCCUUUUUCGUCUCGCCAUCGGAGUGGCUAAUUUAGAUCGGAGAAUAUCGGAAAAGGGCUAUUUUGAUCUCGAUCUCAGGGUUCUUGCGUUCCCUCCGCGGGCAUCGACCAUGCCUUCGGUGAUCGGAGGGCGCCUUCCUCGACGCGCCGCCAUGAUCCCAUCGAUUACCUCCUUCGACGGUGCUUCUUGCUCCCAUCGCCUCAUACAACUCGAGAAAUGGAGUCGGCGCGGCAAUCUGACUCAGUGAUACAGUCCCAUCCCGUCGUUGCGGUUUCCUGGAUCUCCUUUUCAUUUCCUGUCUCUACUCGUUCGCGAUCUCUCUCCCUUUUCCCUCCUUCGACCUUAGGGGUUUCUCCAAUACUCUGCGAUCUUUUCCUGUGUUGGUCGUCGGCGCCGAUAUCUGUGUUGGGGAUUUGUUUGAUCCGGUCUAGCGUCUUUUCGGACUGAGUAUUAUUAAACUACACAUUUGACGAUAAGUGCAUCAUCAAAGUCUUGCACCAGGAACUUCUGUUACGAUCUUCGUACACUAGCAGCUUCAUGGGAAGUUUCUCUUGUUUAGAUACACCAUGUGAAACGACGGUCUGCAUGCAUGAAUACUGUCUCAGCUGUGAGAAAUCACAUGUAAUGAUAGAAACUUGUGUCUAUUUGGAUAAUAAUCAGACUGCCAGGACCACAAAGCUAGGGGUUUCAAAUGUUGCUUCUAUCUGUAAUGAGAACAAGAUAGCAGCUAUCCAUGAGGUUGAUGACACUGAAGCUUUGGUUCUGUCAAUUAAUGAUCCUCAAGGACAGUUAUCUGUUUGCGAUUUGAGCCAUUUGACUUCAGAUGAGAACUUACUUGAACCCAAGAAGACAGAAACUCACCAAGACUUUUGUCUUCCUACUGGCUGGAAUGCGAAGAAACAGAAGGCCUUGGCCAAAUCUGCAACAUUUCCUUUGUCACUGGUGGCGGAUGACAGUGACCUUUCUAUAGGGGGUGCUUGUGACCUACCAAGCACUGAAUUGGAAAAUCAGUGUUCUUCGACAAAGUCUAAUCCUACAUAUGAAAGAUCAAUAUCUCUUCCUGUGCUCCCAAAGCUUAUUUCUGCCAUGAAGGGAAAUCGCGCACAGCAUGGUUCACCAUCGAACUUCAAGUUACAUGUGAAAUGGGCUCCUGAUGUCUAUGAUCCACCAUGCACCUUACUAUCACACACUGUGAAGAAGAAUCACCAUCAACUUCCCAAAGCAAGGAAAAAUUAUUACAACAAGCACAAGACCAAGUCAGCUCGAGGAAGUAACAAUGAUAGAAGAACUGCAAAUAGGAGCCUGACCAGCUAUAGGACUGAAUCCUUCAACGCAAGAUUGCAGACUGUUAGGAAUAGUAGAUCAGUGUUGAAGGAGUAUGGCAAAUCCAGCACUGAAGGUGCAGAGUAUGCAGUCGACAACCAAGAUUCAAAAUGUGGAGGCAACUUCUUGGUGGAGGCGCUUGCAAAAGUCAAUAUAUCAUCUGUAACCGAGGUUACAUGAUUGCUCUUGAUCUUAAUUAGGCGUUGCUCAUCUUUGUAUAUGAAUAAGCCGGAUACGUUUCUUGUUGUUUUGAUGUGCUAUUUUGUGGAUCGAGGACUAAAAUCUACCGUCGUUUCAUGUUCUAUUUUUGUGGAUUGAAGACGAAAAUACUAUGGUAAAUCGAGCUGCCUUGUUUAUGAA